UCCAUAAUAAUUCACACAAAAAAAAAACUCAUAAAUCUUCUUCAUAGAAAAAAAUGCCUUCGAUGCCAGAGGAACCAAUCCUAACACCAACACCAGAUCGAUUCUGUAUGUUCCCAAUCCAAUACCCACAGAUCUGGGAGAUGUACAAGAAAGCCGAAGCGUCCUUCUGGACCGCCGAAGAAGUCGAUCUCUCUCAAGACAAUCGCGACUGGGAAAACUCACUAUCCAACGACGAACGUCACUUCAUCAAACACGUCCUCGCCUUCUUUGCCGCAUCAGACGGAAUCGUUCUGGAGAAUCUCUCGACCCGAUUCAUGUCCGAUGUUCAGAUCUCAGAAGCUCGUGCCUUCUACGGAUUCCAAAUCGCGAUCGAGAAUAUUCAUUCUGAGAUGUAUAGUCUCCUUCUCGACACUUACAUCAAAGACAACAAAGAGAGAGAUCAUCUCUUUCGCGCAAUCGAAACCAUUCCUUGUGUGACGAAAAAAGCAGAAUGGGCUAUGAAAUGGAUCAACGGAUCUCAAAGCUUCGCUGAGAGAAUCGUAGCUUUUGCUUGCGUUGAAGGUAUAUUCUUCUCUGGUAGCUUUUGUUCGAUAUUCUGGUUGAAGAAACGAGGUUUAAUGCCUGGACUCACAUUCUCUAACGAAUUGAUUUCGAGAGACGAAGGUCUUCACUGUGAUUUCGCUUGUUUGAUCUAUAGUCUUCUUAGAACUAAGCUUGAUGAAGAACGUUUGAAAUCGAUAGUUUGUGAUGCGGUUGAGAUUGAGAGAGAGUUUGUUUGCGAUGCGCUUCCUUGUGCCUUGGUUGGUAUGAAUCGUGAGUUGAUGAGUCAGUACAUUGAGUUUGUUGCUGAUAGGUUAUUGACUGCGCUUGGGUGUGGUAAGGUGUAUGGUGUGAGUAAUCCUUUUGAUUGGAUGGAAUUGAUUUCGCUUCAAGGUAAAACUAACUUUUUUGAGAAGAGAGUUGGUGAGUAUCAGAAAGCUUCUGUUAUGUCUAGUGUUCAUGGAAACGCUGCGUUUAAUGAUGAUCAUGUCUUCAAGCUUGACGAGGAUUUUUAGAUUUCGCGUAAUUGAGUUGUUUAGUAUCGUAAUUUUCAGUGUACUGAUAUCAUCUUUUAAUUUAAUGAAAUGUGUUACCUUUUUUCAAAUAAAAAAUGAAGAAAA